AUGGCUGUAGGAAAGAACAAGCGCCUUUCAAAGGGUAAGAAGGGUAUCAAGAAAAAGGUCGUCGACCCCUUCUCGAGGAAGGAUUGGUACGACAUCAAGGCUCCAUCGAUUUUCGAUGUCCGAAAUGUUGGAAAGACGUUUGCUAACAGGUCUCAGGGACUGAAAAAUGCCAACGACUCUCUGAAGGGCCGCAUUAUUGAACUUUCUUUGGCCGAUCUCAACAAGGAGGAGGAGCAAUCCUUCCGCAAGAUCAAGCUGCGCAUCGACGAUAUCCAGGGCAAAAACUGCCUGACUAACUUCCACGGAAUGGACUUCACCUCGGACAAACUUCGUUCACUUGUUCGCAAGUGGCAAACCCUCAUCGAGGCUCACGUGGACGUUAAGACCACCGACGGCUACCUUCUCCGUCUCUUCGCCAUUGGAUUCACUAAGCGCCGCCCAUCUCAGGUCCGCAAGACCACUUACGCUCAGUCAAGUCAAAUCCGGGAGAUCAGGAAGAAGAUGUUUGAAAUUAUGACCCGUGAAGCUAGCACCUGCGACCUCAAAGAGCUCGUCCAGAAAUUCCUCCCUGAGGCAAUCGGACGUGAGAUUGAGAAGGCGUCGCGCAGUAUUUACCCCCUCCAAAACGUUUAUGUCCGCAAGGCUAAGAUUCUCAAGGCACCCAAGUUCGACGCUUCCAAGCUGCUUGAACUCCAUGGUGAAUCAACGGACGAGACAGGAACGAAGAUCGCGAAGGAGUUCAAGGAGCCUGAGAUCCUUGAGUCUGUGUAG